GGAUAAGAAGCUAGUUUUCUUAGGGGGUGCUUCGAGUGUGUUUGAUUUGGAGGAUCUUCUGAGAGCUUCUGCUGAGGUUUUGGGAAAGGGAACUUUUGGGACCACGUAUAAGGCGGUUCUUGAGAUGGGGACUAUUGUGGCGGUGAAGAGGUUGAAGGAUGUGAUGAUACCUGAGGCAGAAUUCAGGGAGAAAAUAAGGGUGGUUGGCGACAUGAACCACCAGCAUUUGGUGCCUCUGAAGGCUUAUUACUAUAGCAGAGAAGAAAAGCUACUUGUUUAUGAUUAUAUGCCCAUGGGAAGCUUGUCUGCAUUGCUUCAUGGCAAGGGUGCAGGCAGGACAUCACUGAAUUGGGAAAUGAGAUCGGGCAUUGCCCUUGGUGUUGCCCGAGGCAUAGAAUACUUGCACACCCAAGGCCCCAAAGUCUCUCACGGGAACAUAAAGUCAUCAAACGUCCUCCUAAACAAAUCAUAUGAACCAAAAAUAUCAGAUUUUGGCAUAUCCGAUGUUGUUGGGCCGUCAUCAUCCUUUCCGGUACGAGUUGCCAGUUAUCAGGCACCCGAAGUGACUGACCCAAGAAGGGCCUCUCAAAAAGCUGAUGUAUAUAGCUUUGGGAUAUUACUUCUUGAGCUUCUAACAGGCAAAGCUCCAAAAAACACUCUCUUGAAUGAAGAAGAGGAAGGGGUUGACCUACCAAGAUGGGUUCGGUCAGUGGGUAAGGAGGAGUGGACUUCUGAAGUUUUUGAUGUUGAACUUCUUAGGUCAAAGAAUGUUGAGGAGGACAUGGUGGGACUAUUGCAACUCGGGGUUGAUUGUGCGGGUCAACACCCCGAGAAUAGACCGUUGGUGACAGAGGUUGUGAUCCGGAUUGAAGAGAUUUGUGGUUCAAGCUUGACAAAUAGAAAACAUUCCGAAGUUGUCAUUGAAACUGAGUAAUGCUAUCUCCCACCCCAUUCAUUGUCACUGUUGUAUGAGUCACAGGAGCUGGCGACCAACAAGUUGCUCAAUUGACAAGAUUCAAGAAGUUAUUAUUCUUGACAUGAUCAUCCAUUAGAAUUAACAGUCACCCCCCCCCCCCCCCCCCCCAAUUCCAUUUUUUUGUUUCUCUCCCUCUAUGUGCAAUGGGUGUGUUUUGUGAUUCUUGACUAUAUCAUUUGCUGUUGGUUUUUUUCGGGGGUGGGGUCCAAUAUUAAAUUUCCUAUAGGGUGGAUAUGGUGCCUGUGAUGAUUCUUUUUCAGCAUAGCUUUUACUUUUGCUUUUUAGGUAUGGAUUUGUGUUUGGAUGCGUGGGUGACAAGACUGUGUGACACCCACAUUAUAAUACGUAUGCUGUUCUCUCUUUAUUUGAG